UGACUCGAAAGAUUGCGCAAUACCACACGUUCGUCGUGCCGGCUACAGAUUAGUGCUUGAACCGAACGAACCCUUUUAUAUUUUAUUCCAUCGAGAACAGUACAUUAUCUGUUUCACGGUGUUAAGAGUCAUAGGUAUAGAUGAACCAAGUCAUAAGUCGUACGAUUCUUGGCGGCGAACGAUCGUCGUUUAGUUGUUUUGUCAGAAAUUUUCGUGUAUCGUCACAAAACAUGGUUAUCGCAGUAGGAGAUAAGCUACCUGCAGUUGACCUCUUCGAGGAUUCGCCUGCAAAUAAAGUAAAUCUUGCAAAAAUUGCAGCAGGUAAAAAGAUUGUGGUAUUUGCAGUACCAGGUGCCUUUACACCAGGAUGUUCAAAGACACACCUCCCAGGCUUUAUACAAAAAGCUGGAGAUUUAAAAUCUAAAGGAAUUUCAGAAAUCUUUUGUAUUGCUGUAAAUGAUCCGUUUGUUAUGGCUGCAUGGGGUAAAGAACAAGGAGCAGAAGGAAAGGUACGCAUGUUGGCAGAUCCAGCAGCUCGGUUCACAGAUGCGUUAGAACUCUCUGUAGAUUUGCCGGUAUUGGGUGGAAAAAGAAGCAAGCGCUAUUCAAUGAUUCUUGAAGAUGGUGUAGUUAAAGCAUUAAAUGUUGAACCAGAUAAUACAGGACUUUCUUGUUCUUUAGCUGAUCAUAUCAAACUCUAAAUUGCCUAUUAUCGAAAGUCGUGUAGUAAGUUCACUAUUUAAAAUAUAAUGGAGAAACAGUAAUUAAUUUAUUAAUUUUGUUACACAAUUGUUACACGUUUAUAUAAUAAAAUGCGUAUUCACUAUGUAAAACUAUAAAUUAUCUUGUCACGUACAAUAUGGGUUAUUACUGUAAACACACAUCGUACAUAUUAUAUGUUUUAUC